AUGUUUAAAAAAAUAUUAAAACGAAAUGAAGAUAAUGAUAAUAAUAAUAGAGUCGAUGAAAAUAACUCGUUAUCAUGUCUAAAUCGUUAUUAUAUAUAUCUUAAAAGUCAUUAUUUUUUCUUAUAUUCAACAUUUGGUUCACUUCUUCCUGUAUUAAAUAUAACAUUAAGAAAUCGUGGUCUCAGUGAUAUUGAAAUCUUAUAUAUAAAUAUAAUAAUACCAUUUAUUGUAUUUCUAACAAAUCCAUUAUUAGGAUUAUUCGUCGAUCGUCUUCGUCGUUUUCGUCUUAUAUUUAAUAUAAUAUUAAUGUUAGCAACAAUAUUUCUUAGUAUAAUGUUUUAUCUACCAUCAUUAAAAUCUUAUUCAAUCUAUGGUCAUAUAUAUAAAAGUGAUUCAAUGGAAUAUUCUUUAGCUUUUUGUUCAAAUAAACAAUUUGCUAUAAAAUGUGCAUUAAGAUCUGAAUGUGGAUGUACUUAUCAAGCUUUUUGUAGAUCUUUAAUACAAAUUAAAAAUGAUUUAAAUAAUAAUAAACCAAUAAAAACAUUUCGUUUUAAUUUUACAAUUGACUCAACAUAUAUUAAUAAUGAUUAUCAAAAUAUAUCUUUAUUUAAAAAUGAAACUUCUCAAUGUUCUGUCAAUUAUCUUUUACCAAUUGAUCAAACAAUUCAUAUGUAUAAAAUCGAUCAACCUAUAGGUAAUUAA